GGUCUUGGUGCAUCCCCACUUGCAGAGAUCUGGGGACAAGCUGAUAGAUGUUGUUUCUAAGAGAGUCAGUUUCCGCCAAAGUGCGUGGAAGGAGCAGGGAGUUCUGCCAGCACUGCCAACUCAGCAUGUGUCUGGUGAUUUCCUAAGAGAAGAUACAAGCCUCUGUACAAUCUCCUCCAUGUGAGCAAGACGUACAUAGCCACAGCUCUGUGAAGGUCUGGGACCCCCAAUGUGACCAGCAUGUGGAGCUGCUGUAGUGAGUCCAGAGGAGGUCACAGAGAUGCUUCAAGGGCUGGAGCAGCUCUGCUGUGUAUGACAGGCUGAGAGCAUUGGGUUUGUCCAGCCUGAAGAAGAGAAGGCUUUGAGAAGACUGUCUUGGUUUGAAAAUACAGGGCAUCCAGUGAGAACCACCAUGAGGAACAAACAGUGGCUCCAGGAUAUUUUCUUCUGCCUUUUAUUCCAGUACACUAUGUGUUGUGAAAGCCUCACUUGUUUCGUGGACUAUGUACAGACCCUGUCCUGUAUCGUGCAAGAUGAGUCAGGCGCCGGUUCAUACAAUCUCACUGCAACAUGGGUUCCUGGGGAAGAUCCAGAAACUACUGUGGCUGUCUGCAGUCUCCUGCAAUUGUCAAGGAACACCAGUCACAUACAGUACAUGUGCACUGUGGACAUGACUGAACUCCUGGCAGAUACCAAAGUCCAGGUGGAUGUUACAGAGAUAGCUGAUAGGCAGCAUGUACUUUCCAAAGACUUUUAUUUAUCAGACAACAUAAAACCACAGCCUCCAUUCAACCUGACCGCUUUGUUCUCAGAGGGUUACAAUUUUUCUUGGGAAACCAUCUACCAGAACUCUUCCUUCUACUUUUUGAAUGAGGAGCUGGAAUAUCAGCUGCGUUACAAAAGAAGAACUGACACCUGGGAAACUCAGAAGACUAAAGCUGUUCAUGAAGAUAAACGGACAUUGGUGAUCCUGCCAUGGGAACUCCAGGCAAACACUGAGUAUGAGUUCCAAGUGAGAGCCAGACCCCGGGAAAACAGUGGCUAUGGUGGUUUCUGGAGUGAAUGGAGUUCUCCGCUGUCAGUGAAAACCAGCCCUGCCGCAGUGACACAGACAGCAGGUAUGGAAUGGCUGUUGCUGUUUGGUAUUGUCGUGGCAAUCAUGGCCUCAAUCACAACAUUUCUGGCCAAACAGCAGAGCUUGUGGAAGAAGAUGACUUGCAUCCCAGACCCUGCUCCAUUUUUCAAACCUCUUUACAUGGUUUAUAACGGAGAUUUUAAGAAGUGGGUUGGUGCAUCCCGUAUGAAAAUGACUUUUGAUUUUUUUGAAUGGGGAAUAGUCCUUCCAGAAGUCCUAGAAGUUUACACCAUGCAUCCUUCCAACAGCACUCCACAGGAAGAGCUGCAUGAGUUGAGAAAGAAUGUGCCUUGCAAGCCCUGUGCAUCUUGCCUGACUGCCCCAGGUCAUGGUAGCCAGUCCCUGUGGUGUAGUGUAAACAGUAGUGGUGGGACUGAGGACCAUGAGGACCAGACAUAUGGGCACUUGUCAAUCGAUACAGUGACUGUGGCUGAUGAAUUUACACCUUGUAACUGCCAGUGCAGCUGUAACCAUGUGUACAGAGAACAUGAGCAUACCAACAAGGAAGGUGAUAGUGCUGGUGAACCCGGUUACCCCAAGAUUAACUUUGAUGAGAAAGACAAAAAGAUAUCCAGUGACUUGCAUUUGGCUGAUCUGAACACACAGGACAAAAUACUUGCUUCCGGCUCGGUGUCUACAGACCGCCUGAGGAGCAGAUGUGUCCCAGUCAACCAGCAAGGAGAAAGGGGAGUGGAAGGAGGGGCGGGGAGCAUCCUAGAAGCCCUUUGCUUGCAGCCUCAUCAGUGGGAUUUGGAAAAUCCAGGAUCUCUACCUUCUCCUGAUGGUGAAAGUGUUUCUUACAGUGAAGGCUUCUAUGACUUCUUCCCUCACAAUUCAAGGCCUAGUGACAGUUAUCCUUUGAUCUGUGUAGAUUUGGACACUAUUGACAGCGGCUUUGUGGACUCAGACUGUGGAAGUCCAAUUGACUCUGAAUUUGGGCAAAACAGUCAGACCAUUUGUGGGGCUGUCCCUCUUGAGCAGGAGGGACAAGACUUUCCACGGAGCUAUGUCAAGCAGUGGGUCUCCUGUCACUCUGAGAGCCCUGUCAGUGGGACACAGGCAAACUAAGGAUUUUGAUCUUGCCUGGAUGAGUGUGGGGCCUUUUCCAUAGUGUGCCAGGAGCAAGGCGUUAGCAAAAUUCAGAAAAGAAACAAAGUUUACUUUGUGUAAGCUCUAUUGCAUAAACUGAUGCAAAAAUAUGCCUGUUUCUAUUCCCACUUAUCCAAUUAAUGUCUCAAAUUUGUUGUGGUCGAGUGUUCCUGAGUUUUGUUGGGUUUUGGGGUUUUUUUAGAACCAUAGAUCAACCCUCCCGCUAUGUCAGAAAAAUAUAAGAAAAAAAACCUGUAUCUUGAAAAUUAUCCUUUGACAUCUGUAGAUAAGCAAAAUUUUUUGCAGUAACCUUAUAAAGAGUAAAGGACUUAAAGUUAUUUUCCCUGGUAUUCUCACAUGACUUGAGAGUUUGGCUGUACAUGGAACCUUAGAAUCAUAACCCAUGGCAAGCAUGUUUGCUACAUUAAAGUUCCCCCCCCCCUUUCUAAACAACAUGUGAUGUUACUUUUCCUUCUACUAUCUUUGUCUCUUUAAACUCAGCUGUAGUAGUUUGUUAAUUACAGAGUUCCACACCUGUCCAUGGGGAUAAAAACUAAUCCUUAUGUAAUCAUCACAGAAAUGCAUGUAGUAGACACCAAGCACAACUCAAGUUUCAGAAAGAAUUUCCAGGUGGAAUUUGCAAAUGAAAAGUCUUCAAAAUAUGUAUUAUUCUAAAAAAACUCUCACUACUAGGCUUUUCUAUUGAGUUGCUCCCUGCACUUUUCAAGCAUAUUAAUUGAGCAGCUUUUAGAAUCAUGCCAAAAUUAUUGAAGCAUUGUCCUACUUGGAUAUGCCUGCCACUUCUGCCUUGGACUUGCUCUGCUGCAGUUAACAGGAUAACGGUCUUAAAAAGUCAUUCUAAUGCUGAAACUGAAUGUGAAGACUUGUCUUACAAAGGCAUAGUGCUACUAACCCAUAAGCUGCUUGGCUCCAGAAGGUCCUAUCUUGAGAGAACCUUUGUGGUGAAUGAUGCAUGUUUCCAGUGUAGCAAUAAUCUGUUGCUGUUGUGAUACCAAUAAACUCCCUUCCCUCACCCCCUUCCCUUACCUGAGACUAUAGGCAACAGCUCCCUAAACAGGAGAGAGCACUGUAGUUAAAGAGAAGCUGUUUAUUCCAUAGAUGAGUGCUGGGACAUCCUCUGGUUUGAUUGUUCAGAUCCAUCAUGGUAUUUGCUAUAUUGAUUUUGGACCUACAUGACUUAGAUUUGCCCAUGUUGUUAUUACUCCCUCAGUACAUCCCUAGCUGAAUGGCUUCCUGGGUACUGCUCUAAGAUAUAUGAGCUUCUUUGGUUUCUUCCCUCCUUAUUUUCCAUUUUUCUUGUCAUCUGUUGUGUUAAGUCACGUGAGAUGUUGUCUUCAUGGGCUGAUGCAUCCUCUCUGCUGCUGCCAGUCCCUUGCAUGCCCUCCACAAGGCAGCAGAGGAUCACCCCAGCUCCACUGCCCUGAUGAGCCUCAUAUUGUCGUAUCAGGACAGCUUGUGUUGUGAUCACGUCAAUGCAAAUGUGUAUUGGACAGGAGCGUUUCUGAUGGUCUCAGAAUCAUUUUCUGCAGCUUCACCUCACAGCUCUUUUCACUUCAGAAACUACACUGUGGUAACUGACCCCAGGCUGCUCAAGGGAGAAACUUGCUUGUUUUUCUGGAGCCCUUUACAUCUCAGUUCUGCAUGCUCUGUUUCCGUUUGUAUUGAUGGCCCCAAAACUGCUGAAGGAACCGUUUUUGUUAUUGGAACACUAGCUGGUUGUACAUCUGAUAGAAGGUAGCGGUUUGCUGUUAUGUUGGGCUGGGAGUUAUCUCUGUUCACCCUAGGAGGCAGACUUCAUGAACAAGCGUAUGACACAAGGGUAUUAAAAUAAGGGAAGUUGUUCCCUUUGAAGCAAGGUAUAACAAUUAAAGCUUUUGGUCAGUGAAUUGUCACUGU